UUAUGCAUUUCUAUUGAUCAGUAGCCCACCUUAACUUUUGGAGAUAGUGAAGGCUAAAGAGUGACAGGUUGAGAGGUGGAGUUAUUAAAAUGAACUGGAACAAAUGGAGAACAAACAAAAAGACAGAUAAGAAAAGAAAUGAUCCUCUUGAGGUCAUCCCCAGUGGAAUUUCCAUGCAGAUGAAACCAGUCGCCUUCCUCUUAUGAGUCCUCAUUGCCAUAAGAAUAGCCAACUUCAGCAAGUUUUAGUGAAACCAGUAAGUAUCCUGUAAAGAGGUACAGAAUGUUACAUAGAAAGCAGAAAUAUCUAUAGAGUGAAGCAGUUAGCAAAUUGUAACCCAUAAUAGAGCUUCAGUUUUUAUUCCUAGUGGCUAGAUUAAGUAUUGCAACACUUUACUUGGCAUCUGAUUUAUGCAGCUGAUUUCAGCUCAGUUCUACCAAUCUGUAACCAUAUGGUAGAGUGUGACAGGCAACAAAUCUGACUCUAGAUCAGUAGCUAAGCAUGUCAAGUGUUCACACACCCAGUUGGGGUUCCUUUGAAGGAUGUACGUCACUAAUGCAGGAAGAAGAUGUGGUUUGCCACGAAGAGCGUAACGGAGGGAAGGAAAUAAAAACAGAAAAUGUGCUUUGAGAACCCUCUCCAUAGACACAGAGGUUUCUGAUAAAGAAGACAGCGUGUUACCCUCUGCCCACGGUGAAGAAACUCCUGGAGCAGAAGAGAAAGAGAGAGACCUCCUCAGCACCCCCCUCCUGCUCUACCGUGUCUUAUACUGCUGGUUGCACUGCAUCUGUCCAAGUUUCGACAUCAGUACAAUCUCCCACUGCCGAAGCCAGUGUAAGCUACCCAGACAUGGGAGCAGUAAGAUACGACCAAUGGGAAAUGCCAAGCAUGCAUCAGCCCCAUUCAUCCCUACAGCAUUGCAGCUCAUUCACCUCAUUUGCCAGUUCCUCUGCUGCAGUAAACUUACCCCUGACUGGCUACAGCACUCAACAGAUUCAGGACUGCCAGGAUGCCCAGACAACACAGCGAUAUUCUACAGCUGGGACUAAUAUGACUCCCAGUGUCCCCGUUCAGAGCUCUGGCUAUUGUUGGCCGUCUGUUUCCAGUGUAGAGGAUCAUGCAAGCCCAUACGUUCUCCAAGAGUUCAGGCCCCAGAUGGAUAUGGUCAAGCUACAGGAGGCUCGAGUAAUCCUGCAGAACAUGGAUUACAGUAGAACAACCUGGCAAGAUGAUGAUGGUGACACGAUUCUACAUAUAUACACUGCGAAAGGCCUGAGGGAAUAUGCUUUUGCUGCCGCAGAGAAACUUCAUGGACUGGGGAAGUUGGAUUCCAAGGAACACAAGGGCAAGACUGCUUUGCUUGUAGCUGUAGCAGCCAAUCAACCAGAGAUAGUCCAGGACCUACUCUCACUUGGUGCCGAUAUCAGCGCCAUUGAUGUCAAUGGUCAGACUGCACUUCAUCUGGCUGCCACCUAUGGUUUCCCCCGAGUCAUGCAGGUUAUUCUCUCCUCGGGACUCCGAGUGAACUUGGAAACUGGCAAUUUUGAAGGUCUGACUCCUCUGCACUGUGCAGUGAUCUCUCACUGUGGCACAAUGAAGGCUAUAAAUGCCUCUUCCUCAUCCUCAACAUGGCUAGCUGAUGGCAGUCUACAGACUCAAGCAGAAGAUAAACUAAUGUGCUUACGGUUUCUUAUAAAUGCUGGAGCCUCAGUACUAAGCCAGGAAAUCAAAAGCAACAAGACAGUUCUUCACCUAGCCGUGAAGGAGGGGAAUAUCCAUCUUGUGCGAUUCCUCCUGAGCCUCCAACUCUCCGAUAUGCAGGCUUUCAUCAACAUGAAAGCUCAUGGGCACACAGCUCUGCACAUGGCUGCUGGACUGCAUGGAAGCCCCCAUCAGGAGGAACUAAUCAGACUGCUGCUGAGUCGUGGAGCUGAUCCCAGCAUCCGCAACUUGGAGAACGACCAGCCAGCUCAUCUACUGCAGGGUGGAGACAAAGGAGAGAGACUCAAGCUAAUCUUGAAGAAGAAAAGUGCCUCUUCUAGGCGGCGCUUUACAUCCUUACAGGACCUAGAGUGACUAGGACUACUUUUUAGUCCCAACGUACCCUACCUUCUCCAACAGAGGUAUAACCAUCUGGAUCAAACUGGAUCAAUCUUCAAACUAUCAUUCAUCAUCAAAAUGAAAAAAUUAUGGAUUGAUUAGAACAUUGUCAAAAUAGCCCAAUAAUUAAGGAUUUUGCAAAUAAUUACAGCCUGUAGUCUACCUAGACUAGAAAGAAUGUGUAUGAUCUAUGGAGAAGGAUGGGUUUCAUCUGCAGUAUCCUCUAAUGAGGAUUUCCACAUCUUGCAUCAUUAUAGUAUGACAGAUAACUUUUGCACAGGAUCAUUCAUUGAUUCUUCACCAUAAAACUGCUUUUGAGUUUGUCUAUAUGUUCACUCAACAAUUGGGUGUAUUCUUGUUCAUGACUAUGUUCAUUACUUGUGAUUUCAGUGAAAUCGUCAUAAGGAUUGUUAGUACAGUCCAACUUCCACCUUUAAUUAUAAACCAUAUUGGUUUGUUUAUGUGAGCAGCUGAGCUCAGGCCAUUCAUCCGCUGUAUCAGUGGGUAUUUUUUUAUUUGUUUUCAGAUGUAUUUAUAUGGCUUUUGGUUGGUAUACAGUAUGUUGCGUACAGUAUGUUGCAUACAUAUUAUCCUUUGUGUUCUCACAAAAGAGAGUAUGUGAAUACAUAGUUAAAAGAGUAUGUUACUUUCACUCAGGGGAAAGAUCAUUUAUUUAUUUCAUUGUAUGAUAUUAAUGGCAGUAGUUCUCUAUGUAAUGCGCAUUCUCAGUAGCACACUUGUUAUCAUAGAUGUCCUAAUGAAAACCCUAAUAAGUUCAUUGCACUCAUUUGAUUGAGUAAACUCGUUCCCUCAAUUCCAUUGAGUAAUGGGGUCUCCCAAAACUUGAGUAUUUAAGUUCAGUUAACUUAUUUUUCAAGUAGAGUGAACUUAACUAUUUAAGUUAACUACAUGCAAGUAGAUUUAACUCAGAUUUGAAUUUAAAUAUUGUUGUUUCUACUGUUGUACAUUUUAAUUGAAUUGAUUCAGUGUUAGAUCAAACAACAGCACAGCUCAAAUAAAGAUGACAACUGAUUCUAGGUCAGUUAUUAAAUAAUUAUUUACAGAAACGCAUAUAUGCACUUCAGCUGUACAUGCAGAAAGAGAACUGAGAUAGUGUGACCAGGGUCCAACUUGACCAAACAGACACAGAUCACCCUAAUGGUGACAUUACACCAAACAUCUAUUUGCAACAAAGCAUAAAUAAUACAACAAAAGAGCUAAAACAUCUAUGAAUUCUUAAUAACAGUUAUUUAAAUUCCCCAAUCUGUUCCCUCUAACCAAGGAAACAUAAUUCAAGCAGCUAGGGAUUGUGGGUAUUCCCCGUAUAGCCUCAAUUUUGUACUCAAUAGUUUGAGUUAUAAACACUUCAAAUCUUAAGUCUAUGGAUUUUUAAGAAAAAUAAGUUCAGUGAACUUAAAUAUUUGAGUUAUGAGUCCAAAACUUGACAUUUCAAGAAAUACUUAAUUAAUACAAUUUGAUUUUUAUAGUAAUGACAACUUUAGGGUUUACAGUGAUGUGUCAUCUCACCAUGUAUGUGAAUGUGUUAUUUUGAUGAGUCAUAAGAGGGAGUGAAAUGUCAGGGUGUUCUGUGGUAAGACAGCUCACCAGUCUAAAUGGUUUUGUCUUUAAGAACUGUCGGUAUCAAAAUGUCAUAAUCAUCAAUAAAAUUCAACUACUUUAUUCAGUGGUAUACUAUGUAAGGAAAUGUUUAAUAUGGAAAGUGUCCAUCUUGAAUCAAGAUUUCAAAUGUUGGAUGUUGUUGUUGUUGUUAUGUCAUAGAUGUUUGAAGAAAGGCUAGUGAGUAUCACAUGUAUGAUUUACCAUGUUGAAGUACACAAAGUCCCUCAGGAAAUUCAAAUGAGGGAAAACACACUCUGUCAUUUUCUUGUAAAAUAUAGAGAGGUCUGUAGAUUUAUGAGAAUUGGUUCACAAAGCCAAGUUUAAAUGUCCUUCUAGUGAAUUCUUGUGUGAAACAUUUGCUAAUUGUUUUAUGAAAUAUUGUCACAGCAGUUACAUUGGAAACACCUAAUUAAUUAAACCAUCUGACAAAACCACAUUCUGUAACCAUAAACAGUAGCAUUAAAGGGAUAGUUCAUCCAAAAUUGAAAAUUAUCUCAUCAUUUACUCACUUUCAUGCCAUCCGAGGUGUGUGACUUUCUUUCUUCUGCUGAACACAAACAAAGAAUUUUAGAAGAAUAUCUCAGCUCUGUAGGUCCUUUCAUUGCAAGUGAAUGGUGAUUUAUUGUAAAACAGGAUUGAUAUAUUGAUCUCUUUCUCACCGACACCUAUCAUAUUGCUUCUAAAGACAUGGAUUUAUCCACUGGAGUCGUAUAGAUUACUUUAUGCUGCCUUUAUAUUAUUGUUGGAGCUUGAAAGGUCUGGUCACCAUUCACUUGCAUUGUAUGGACCUACAGAGCUGAGAUAUUCUUCUAAAAAUCUUCAUUUGUGUUCUGCAGAGGAAAGAAAAUCAUACACAUCUGGAAUGGCAUGAGGGUGAGUAAAUGAGAGAAUUUUCAUUUUAGGGAGAACUAUCCCUUUAAAAUAUACUUCAUUAUAUGUGCAAUGUUUUACAAGAUAUUGAUACUGUAUAAUUAUUAACGAGAGUGACAAUAGUAAUCAGGUUACAUCAUUAUGAUAAAUAUCACCAUAACAUUCAUCAUUUCCCAUGUAUUGCUGCAGAUCAUGCAUGAUUUAUAAAUAUGUUUGUGUGUUUUGCAUUAUAUGUCAGCUGUUUUAGCCAAACUAAAUAAAGAACAAGAAUAGACCUCUGUAACUUAAUCUUUUAAUAAACCAAAUUGGCAUACAUGACAAACAUUUGGAUGAAUAAUAAAAAUGGCCUUUCAUCUAUUUACCGUUUCCAGCUCUUUACUGUGAUGGCUGUAGUCUAAUUCUCUAAGACACAACACUGUAGUUCUUCACUAUAAUGAAAUGCAAGACUUUUAACGAACAAUGCAUAAAACAUUCCUCCAAAAAAAUAGUCAAACAUGCUAUCAGAAUAAAUGCACACUUGUAUUAUUUUCUAUAUAUUUGCUUUUGUUCUACAGGCCAUAUGCUGUAUGAUGGAUGUAUGCUGCUUCCUGGCAUAAUUUUUAAAAUAAUAGGUUCGUUUGAGAUGCCAAACGCCUCGCCUUGAAAGUAGACGAGAGUAGACGACUGCAGUCAGGGUAGGAGUGAAAUAAGAACUGUCAAGUUGGACAGUUCUCACUGCUCGUGGGAUCAGCCGCUGCGAGAUCAAAAGCAGAUAUCGCGGGAUUCACGUUCACGCGCUCUUGCUGAUAAAGUGGAUAUAAUUUAAAUUCUGUUGCUUUUAAAUGACAAUAAAUUGGAUGAAUAAGACCCGCUGUUUAAUUCCCUCCAUAUGACGUGUAUUUCCAUCCAAUUUUAGUUUAAUAAAGACUAUUUAUUAUAGAUAUUUCAGAAAUAUGAUCUCAAUCACAUAUCCCAUACAGAGAUUGCGCUGUCAGAAUGUUGGGAAUAUUCACAUAUAAUUUAUACAAAUAAAAACACGAUAUUAGAGUUAAAAAAAAAAAAAAAAAAUCAAACAUUUUAAAAGAAGCCAAUGAGCAUUAAACCGUGUCGUCAGCAAGUCAUUUCCCAUCGUGCUUGCAGUUCACACAGCUUGGAAAGAACAACUGCCGCCGCCUGACUGUUACAACAGCGCGCGCCUCGCUCUCGUGGGACAUUUUUGACAUACGUCACCAUGACGUCAUAGCAACGCGGACAGAUUUCUAACCGGUAUGCAUCUGCUGGUGAUUACUGGUGAUCGGUUCUGCACAGAACUUGCUUAUUUCAAACGAGCCUAGUAUCUAUUUAUUGAAUCUUUAUGAGAACAUUCAGAUACAUACGUUCAGUUGCUUUUAAAUAAUUUGCUUCUAAAUAACACUUAGUUGGGGACUAAAGCAGCACAUUUUAAAGUAGCCUACUUUGUAUUAGAAUAUAGUGUUACAAAUAGGCUAUUCAUGCUGUUAAAAUGGACAUAUUAGAUAAUGAUCAACUCCGGGGCCGGUUGCACCAGCUGUGCGUAAGUUAAAACUUAGCCUAGUUGUGGCGUAAAUGGUCACUAAGUCACAAUUUGCGCACUACUAUAUAUUUGAGCGUUGCACCAUUAAACUUAGGUAAGACGUAACAAUACGUAUAAACUAAAUAUUUACGGAAGCCUCCGACCAGGAGUAACUGUUGGAUUAUUGACUGAUACUUUGUGACAUCAAUGAGCUCAUGUUUUGCGUGACAGGCUUCAGUCCUUUCGACAUACAGUAUGAUGUUGAGAUUUACACUCGUUUACAUUUACGAGAGAGAAAAAAACGUACUUUUAAGCGGAUUUUCAGCAUGAAACCGUUCAAACAGUGCAGUUUUCAGGGUGUGUCGCCCGGUGUCAAGUUUCAAUACAUUCAAAAUUAAUAUAGGAUAUUAAAAUGAAUAAAUGUCUAUUUUUCCAGCCGGUUGUAUUAGUAGGCUAUUUAUUUAUCACCCCUUAUUUAUUUUAGAUACAGUUCCUAUAUAUUGUUAUUUACACAGGGCGAAAUACUAUUUAUGAAAUCUACUUUUAUUACGUAUCGUAUUUUAAUGGGGAUAUAAUUUAUUACAGCUGACAGUUACAUGAGCAAACAAGGUUUGAACAUCAACCCUAACAAGAUCAAAUUGAAGUUCACAGCUUCUUAACACUUCUGUCCACAAAUUUCUAGGCUGCUUAUUGGAUAAAUACAGGUAAACGUCAUAUUAUGCGACUACGCAUUACUUUACGGAUAGUUUACGACGUACUAGUUCUUGCCUUAAGAACAGGUAGUGCAACCAGAUUAAGCGCUGACUUAGUUACAAACUAGUUACUAAGCCCUUAGUGUGAAUUUUACAUCCCAACUUAAGUGAGACCUUACGCACAGCUGGUGCAACCCUACCCAGAUGCCAAAAUAAUGAACCAAGGAGCUGCUAAAUACAUUCAAGCCCCAUCUGUGAAGCAAAUUAUUCAUGCAUAUGUUAAAUAAUUGGUGCCUUUUGAGGUUCAUCAUGGAUGUGUACUCCAAAACUCGUUAGGAUUCACAUAAACAAU